UUGAAGAACAGCUGAGAGUGAGGCAAAGGACGUCUCCCAAGGCGUGCCAUUUUUAUUUUUUCACCUCACAGAAAGUCCAGUCGAACCUAGCCGACCGACUGACUUUCUGUGAGAGAGUCUAAUUUGAACGAUCUUACCUUCAUAGCCAUACCAAGCAACCAAAGAACUUCCAAAAACAUGGAUACUCGAGAAUGCCUAUUGCGGAAGAAGCGAAGACCCUGGCGCGCGGACCUUUCCUCCUUCGCCUUGGUAACUGUGGCGCUCGCGCUGUGCCAAGCACCUCUGGCUCGAGCAGACCCAGUGGACGUGUUGCGGGUGCUGCAGCUUCCCUCUCUCCCUGAGGGUGUGCGGAAGGUUCCGGGUUUCUGCACCUCCCGGCGCUCGGGCACGGCUGACCAGGCCUACCGCAUCACCAAGAAGGCCCAGAUCUCCGCCCCCACCAAGCAGCUCUUCUCAGGUCGUUUCCCGGAGAACUUCUCCAUCAUGGCCCUGGUGAAGGCCCAGUCAGGCCUACAGGCCUUCCUGCUGUCCAUCUACAGCGAGCAGGGUGUUCAGCAGCUGGGUCUGGAGCUGGGCCGCUCACCCGUCUUCCUGUACGAGGACCAGAACGGCAAGCCCGCCCCCGAGGACUACCCCCUCUUCAGGGGCGUCAACCUGGCCGACGGCAAGUGGCACCGCAUCGCCAUCUCCGUGCAGAAGAAGAACGUCACGCUGCUGCUGGACUGCAAGAAGCGCAUGACCAGGCCCCUGCCCCGCAGCGACAGGCCGGUGGUGGACACCAAGGGCAUCACCGUGUUCGGGGCCCGCCUCCUGGACGAGGAGGUCUUCCAGGGAGAUAUCCAACAGCUGCUGAUAGCGCCCAACCCCCAGGCUGCUUUCGAUUUCUGUGAACACUACAGCCCUGACUGUGACUCCCCCCUGCCCAGGACACAGUCCCAGGACCCCAACACAUACUACUUUGAUGAGGAGCAGGAUGACUAUGAAUACCCCUUUUAUUAUGAGGACACAACCGGCACCCCCUCCUCCCCAUCCACCUCCCCCACCCCCCCUCCGGGGGGCCCCACUGAGCAGGACAUAGAUCCUGGCCACAGUGAGGCUGGCCACACCCCCACAGAGACGGACUAUUAUUACACCUUAGAGGAGGAGGAGCCACAGCCAGAGAGUGAGGUGACUGGACAUGAUCCCGCCAAGGCCCAGGUGGAGGAGACAGUGGUGGAGGAGGAGGUAGAUUUGGCCAAGUCAGGUGGCGAGGGGGGGUCCCCAGCCCCCGAGGAGGCCUUCAUGGAGGAGUAUGUGACCGGAGAUGUGGGCUUGAAGGAAUACGACUAUUCCUACAAGGACUACAACGAGCCGCUUCCUGACGCUGACCACGGCUUCCCCGACAGCCACAUGGGCCCCGCGCUCUCCGCCGUCACGGACGAGGGAGGCGCCUCAGUGAGAGCCCAGAAAGGAGAAAAGGGAGAACCUGCUGUCCUUGAACCUGGUAUGUUGAUUGAAGGCCCCCCAGGACCAGAAGGACCAGCAGGUCUCCCCGGCCCAUCUGGCCCUCACGGGCCCCCAGGCUCUGUCGGUGAUCCUGGUGAGAGGGGACCCCCUGGUAGAGCCGGACUGCCUGGAGCUGACGGACUGCCUGGUCCCCCCGGAACCUCCGUCAUGCUGCCCUUCCGGUUUGGCAGCAGUGGGGGUGAUAAGGGCCCCAUUGUCUCAGCACAGGAAGCCCAGGCUCAAGCCAUUCUCUCCCAGGCCCGGUUGGCACUGAAAGGCCCUCCCGGACCAAUGGGGUACACUGGCCGACCUGGACCUUUGGGAACACCUGGAAGUCCUGGCUUGAAAGGUGAAAGUGGCGACCCCGGCCCUCAGGGCCCCCGAGGACCACAGGGACUGGCUGGUCCCCCAGGCAAAGCAGGUCGACGGGGUCGAGCUGGUGCUGACGGUGCUCGAGGCAUGCCCGGGGAGACAGGUCCUAAGGGUGAUCGUGGCUUUGAUGGGCUGCCUGGUUUACCCGGUGACAAGGGACACAGGGGAGAAGCUGGAGGACUUGGACCCCCAGGACCUCCUGGAGAGGAUGGAGAGAGGGGAGACGAUGGUGAGGUCGGACCCCGGGGACUGCCAGGUGAACCUGGACCCCGCGGUUUGUUGGGACCUAAAGGACCUCCUGGAAUUCCUGGACCACCCGGUGUUCGAGGAAAUGACGGGCCUCACGGUCCUAAAGGAAACCUGGGUCCUCAAGGAGAGCCAGGACCCCCCGGACAGCAAGGUGCACCCGGAACUCAGGGAAUGGCAGGACCACAGGGACCAAUUGGACCUCCAGGGGAGAAGGGGCCAACAGGAAAGCCGGGUCUGCCAGGGAUGCCAGGAGCUGACGGCCCUCCCGGUCACCCUGGAAAGGAGGGUCCUGCUGGAACCAAGGGAAAUCAGGGUCCCAGCGGUCCUCAGGGUACUAUUGGCUAUCCCGGGCCUCGUGGGGUCAAGGGAGCUCAAGGUAUUCGUGGCCUGAAGGGACACAAGGGAGAGAAGGGUGAAGAUGGAUUCCCUGGGAUCAAGGGUGAUUUUGGCGUGAAGGGAGAGAGAGGAGAGAGUGGAGUGCCCGGGCCGCGGGGAGAGGACGGUCCCGAGGGCCCCAAGGGUCGCGUUGGGCCCCCUGGCGAGCUUGGACCCAUCGGCCUGGUCGGAGAGAAGGGAAAACUGGGUGUUCCUGGCCUGCCUGGAUAUCCUGGAAGACAAGGCCCCAAGGGUUCCCUCGGUUUCCCAGGAUUCCCUGGUGCGAACGGCGAGAAGGGAGCGAGGGGCCUGAUUGGAAAGGCCGGACCAAGAGGACAAAGAGGCCCAACGGGACCCAGGGGUCAGAGAGGGCCACGUGGGUCUACAGGAAAACCAGGAGCUAAGGGUACCUCAGGUAGUGACGGCCCCCCAGGUCCUCCAGGCGAGAGGGGACUGCCUGGACCUCAAGGAGCAAAUGGCUUCCCUGGACCAAAGGGGCCUCCUGGACCUCCAGGAAAAGAUGGACUGCCCGGACACCCAGGACAGAGGGGAGAAGUUGGUUUCCAAGGAAAAACUGGCCCACCUGGGCCUCCUGGAGUUGUUGGCCCUCAGGGUCCCUCAGGAGAGACCGGCCCCAUGGGAGAGCGGGGACACCCCGGCCCCCCAGGGCCACCUGGUGAGCAGGGUCUCUCUGGGCCUUCAGGGAAAGAGGGAACCAAGGGCGACCCAGGUCCCCCGGGCCCCGGAGGAAAGGAUGGGCCCCCAGGUCUGAGAGGUUUCCCUGGAGAGAGAGGCCUCCCAGGCACACCGGGAGGUGGGGGACUGAAGGGAAGUGAGGGGCCAGCGGGGCCCCCCGGACCGGCCGGCUCCCCGGGUGAGAGAGGACCUGCAGGCACCGCUGGCCCUAUCGGACCCCCAGGAAGACCAGGCCCCCAGGGCCCCCCGGGACCAGCUGGCGAGAAGGGUGUUCCUGGUGAGAAAGGUCCGAUUGGUCCCGCUGGACGUGAUGGUGUUCAAGGCCCAGUUGGUCUUCCAGGCCCUGCUGGACCUCCAGGGGUACCAGGAGAGGACGGAGACAAGGGUGAGGUUGGAGAACCGGGCCAGAAGGGAUCCAAAGGAGAGAAAGGAGAGCAUGGUCCUCCUGGUCCACCAGGCCCAAUGGGUCCAAUUGGUCAACCUGGAGCUGCUGGAGCUGAUGGAGAGACAGGAGCCAGGGGACAGCAGGGUCCUUUUGGGGCCAAGGGUGACGAGGGGUCCAGAGGAUUCCCUGGGCCCCCAGGCCCCAUUGGACUGCAGGGAUUGCCAGGCCCAUCAGGAGAGAAGGGAGAGACGGGAGACGUUGGACCCAUGGGCCCCCCUGGACCUCCAGGACCCCGUGGCCCCGCUGGCCCCAAUGGUGCUGAUGGACCUCAAGGUCCUCCUGGAGGAUUGGGUAACCCUGGCAACGUUGGUGAGAAGGGAGAGCCUGGUGAAUCAGGACCACCUGGAAUAACAGGAGAGCCAGGCAAAAAGGGGCCCCGCGGAGAGCGUGGAGAAAAGGGAGAGGCGGGACAGCCAGGAGCCGCCGGGCCUGCAGGAGGGAGGGGCCCGCCCGGAGACGACGGCCCCAAAGGAAACCCUGGUCCCGUUGGUUUCCCUGGUGAUCCUGGCCCACCUGGUGAAGUCGGUCCUAGAGGUCAAGAUGGAGCGAAGGGAGAGAGAGGAGAGGACGGUGAACAAGGACAAGCAGGCUCCCCUGGACCUACUGGAGAGAACGGGCCUCCCGGUCCCCCCGGAAAGAGGGGUCCUCCUGGAACUAGAGGGCCAGAGGGUCGCCAAGGAGAGAAGGGCACCAAGGGAGACCCAGGUGCCAAUGGGCCCCCAGGAAAGACAGGCCCUGUAGGGCCACAAGGUCCCCCCGGCAAGCCAGGAACCGAGGGCUUGAGAGGACUCCCUGGAUCAGUGGGUGAGCAAGGUGCCCCAGGUCCUGCCGGGCAGAAGGGUCCACCUGGACCCUUGGGUCCCCCUGGGUUGCCUGGACUGCGUGGUGAUCCCGGGGCGAAGGGGGAGAAGGGUCACCCAGGUUUGAUCGGUCUGAUCGGGCCCCCGGGCGAGCAGGGUGAGAAGGGUGACAGGGGUCUGCCUGGGCCACAGGGAUCCUCCGGACCCAAGGGAGAGACUGGUAUGUCUGGAGGCACUGGGCCCUUGGGCCCUGCUGGACCCCCCGGUCUUCCCGGUCCUCCUGGUAUUAAAGGAGCUAAGGGUGCUACAGGUGGAGCCGGUCCCAAAGGUGAGAAGGGUGUACAGGGACCCCCCGGACCUCCAGGCCCCCCAGGAGACGUCAUCCAGCCCCUGCCCUUCCAGAUGCCCAAGAAGUCCAAGCGCUCCAUCGACGCCAGCAAGAUGGUGUCGGACUCAGACUCGGACCUGCCCCCGUCCGACUCGGCGGGCGCGGAGUUCCUGACGGGCAGCGAGGGCAUGGAGGAGAUCUUCGGCUCCCUGAACUCCCUGCGGCAGGAGAUCGAGACCAUGCGCUACCCCGUCGGCACCCCCGACAGCCCCGCCCGCACCUGCCAGGACCUCAAACUGAGCCAGCCCAACUACACGGACGGAGAGUACUGGAUCGACCCCAACCAGGGCUGCUCCCGCGACUCCUUCAAGGUGUUCUGCAACUUCACUGCCGGCGGAGAAACCUGCCUGUUCCCCAGCAAGAGCAUCGAGACGGUGAAGAUCAGCUCCUGGCUGAAGGAGAAGCCUGGUUCCUGGUACAGCCAGUUUGAGACAGGUAGCAAGCUUUCCUAUGUAGACGCUAACGGCGAGCCGAUAGGCGUGGUCCAGUUGGGCUUCCUUCGGCUCUUGAGUGUCCAGGCCCGUCAGAAUAUCACCUACCACUGCCACCGCUCCGUGGCCUGGGCCGACCGCACUGCCAACGACGGCCACGAGAGGGCGCUGCGCUUCCAGGGCGCCAAUGAGGAGGAGCUCAGCUACGAGACCAGCCCUUACGUCAAGGCCCUCAUCGAUGGCUGCUCUUACCGCAAGGGUUACGACAGGACAGUGCUGGAGGUGAACACGCCACAGGUGGAACAGCUCCCUCUGCUGGACAUCAAGAUCUCAGACUUUGGGGAGAGCAACCAGAAAUUCGGCUUUGAAGUGGGACCUGUCUGUUUCCUGGGAUAAAGCACACACACACCUUCACACACACACACAUAUACACACAC